AUGAAUGAAGAAAAUGAAGGUGGUGUGUUGAUCGCACUUAAAUCGGAACUUGAUGGUGAAGAAUUUAAGACGCAAGAAAUGUCAAACUUAGAGGCUCCGAGAUCACCAUUAGAAAUAUAUGAAAAUCACCUGAAGGCUAUAAAUUCAAUUGAAAAAGUAAGGUCGGUAAAGGAUAUAGUGCUAUACUGUGGUGACUGGAAUUUGCCAGAGAUAAAGUGGCAUAUCAAUGAUGAUGGAUUGAGCUUUUUACCCAUACUGGGAGAAUCAGAAAGUCAAAGAGCUGUAAUUGCGAGAAUAAUAUCGAAUAAACUAUUGGAGAUGGGUCUAUCUCAAUUGUGUGAUUUUGAGAAUGUGAGUGGAAAUGUUUUAGACCUAUUUUACACAAAUAUGCCAGAACUAGCAUGCAUGGAAAGAGCGGAUAUCAAAUUAAUACCAGAUUUGAUGUCAGACAAAGCACAUGUUCAAACAAUGUGUGUGUUGGAAUGCCAACCAAAAGUCUAUGUUCCGGAGUGUACAGAUGCAUCGAGAUUCUGUUUUAAUAAAGCAAACUACGAAGAAAUAAGAGAGAGUUUGUCAUAUAUUGAUUUUGAUCAUUUAAUAAACUUUGAAGACAUUAAUAUGAUGAUGGAAGCUUUUUAUGAAAUAAUAUAUAAAAUCUGUGAUCAGCACGUACCAAAAUCGUCAUUAAAAAUAUCAAAUAAACCUAUAUGGUUCAACAAAAGACUGAUAAAUUUAAAAAACAUAAGAAAUAGAGAAUAUAAGAAACUAGUCAGGAGAAGAUAUAGAAACGAUAACGCUGAUGUAUCGGAGUUCGUUAAGGCCAAAACGAAUUUUGAUGAUUAUCACAGUGAAUGCUACAACAAUUAUAUUAAAGAAAUUGCUGUAAACUCCAAGCAUAAUCCAAAGAAAUUCUGGCAACAUGUGAAUGGACGAAGAAAAUCGAGUGGCGUACCAUGUAAAGUGGAAUUAGAUGGAGAAUCAGCGCAAUGUGACAAUGAUAAAGCAAAUUUAUUCGCGAAGUUCUUUUCAUCGGUAUACGUCGAAUAUGACGAAGAUCAAGAACUGGGAGAGUUCAUCAAAAAUAGAAGUGAUCAUGGGUGCUUUAAGAUAUCGAUAACAACGGAAGCAGUCAUGAGAGUCCUGGAAACAUUAGAUCUCAACAAAAAAUCUAGCCCGGAUAAUAUAGCACCAAUAUUCUUUUAA